AUGAACGACGACCGUGAAGUUGCGCGCCUCUGGCGCAUUAACCGUACGAUACAUGAGCUUGUUGCAGACAGGGGCUACGAAGUGUCAGAGGAAGAAUUGAGCGUUGACUUGGACACUUUCAAGGCUGAGGUGUCAUCGAACGGCAUUGUUGACAGGAAUCGCAUGAACUUUUUCACACAGCAUAAGGACAAGCCGGAAGAGCGUUUGUUUGUCUUUUACUCCAUGGAACGCAAUGUUGGUGUCAAGACGAUGCGACAAUUCAUCAACAUUUUAGAGGAGAAAAAUAUCACGCGUGGUAUCAUUAUUUGGAGUGAUAAGAUGACGAGUGCUGCGAAGAAAGUCAUUGAUGCUAUGCGCCUACAGCUUGUGCUGGAGGACUUCGAAGAAGCUUUCCUCCUCGUAAAUAUCACGCAUCAUCAACUUGUGCCAAAGCAUGAAGUACUUACUCCUGAGGAAAAAACGGAACUGCUUCAUCGCUAUCGUUUGAAAGAGUCGCAGCUGCCACGUAUCCAACAAAGCGACCCAGUGGCGCGUUAUUUUGGACUCUCCCGUGGUCAAGUGGUAAAAAUUACUCGACCAUCGGAGACGAGUGGACGUUACUGUUCGUAUCGUAUUUGCAUGUAA